UAGUCUCUGAACUAGAUCUCCACAGGGUAGUCACCCCUUUCUGUCAUUACAACACAUCUAGCUCGGUCCAGUUCACAAGGUUUGCUAAAAUUCCUGGUCUGAAAAUCCAAAUUGAAUAUUGAAUUAUUAAUAUUCUACCAAAAUGGACGGGCAGAAUGUUGAUGAAAUGAACCCCAAUCCGCUGUCGCGAAAACUAAAGUUCUCCGGUAUUUGUAAGCUAACCGAUGAGGAACUGUCGCAUCUCUACAAGCUCGACGAGCUGACAGACGAGGAGCUGGUCUCCUUGGGCCUGGAGAGAGGCUCCCUGAUCGAUGACUAUCGUCUUCUGCACGAGGUUUCGAUGAUGAGGAAAUUGGAGAACGAAGCCGCAAAGCCCCCAAAUCCCCCAGAGCCCCCAAUGUCUGCAAGCCUCUCCGAGUGGGAGUUGCACGAACAGCUACAGCAUAUGGAUUACAUACCCAAGAAGGUAUACAAAUUUGAGUUGCUUAACAAGUUGGUCAAAGUCAUGAGUAUCGAGAAGGAGUCUGGGACCAUCUUCAGCGAGGAGCAGUUGCGGCUCGACUUGAACUACAUUGAGCUGAACAGCUUUUUUGUUCCGCCUCAGGAACUCUUGGGUCUCCGCCUGGAGUCCUUCUACAAUUACCUGGACAACAUGUUCGUCAGCGGCGAUCGCAACAAAGCCCUCGAAUUGGUGUUGCAUGGCAUCCGCCGUUUGAACAGGCGCCACAAUUCUUAACAUUCGCCAGGGGAAGCACAACAGCUCCCGGUGCAUUAUGAUUGUAACAAAUUUCAGAUAAAUCUUCGCAUUCCCAAAGGCAGUCAAUAGUUCCAGGCACUCGAACAGCACAACCUCACUGCUCACACGUUUAAAAGUUUUAAAAUAGCUGGCUUAAAAUUCAAGUAAAGCACCAAAAUAUCCCGGCUUGUGUGUCGCCAACAUGGAGGGGCGUACAAAUGAUAGAUUGAAUCAGAUUCCAGCUGAAACUCCCGAACGCGGAACCAUCGAAUCUGGAGGAAAGUUGAUACGGAACAUACCCAACAAAGAGUACAAGUUUAAACUGCUUGAGCAGUUGGUCAAUGAGAUGCGUUUCCAGAUGGAACCGGAAACCGUUUUCAAAAAACAGGAGUUUGCGGUUGAUAAGGAUUACCCCGGCGUAUCCGACGAGGAGUCCGCCUAUAUGACGCCCAUGCAGCACGUGUAUCGCCGCCUGCAGUCGUUAUUCUAUCGUCUGGAGGAGAUGUUCGUCGGCAGCGAUCUCAACUUGGCCAACAUGGCCAUCGACGUGGUGUUCAACGGAAUCAAUCGCUUGCACAAGCGCCGUCUUGAGAUAUUCGCCAAUUCGCAGAAUGAAUAAUUCCACGCAAUGUGAAGCCAUAUACAACGCGACGUUGCUGAAAUGGACCAGAAUGUUGUUUUAAACCAAAUUCAAAUCACAUUUUAGCACUUGAUUCAUGCGCAUUUGUGUUUAGUUCAAUUACAAAAUUCACUUAGAAUUCA